UUGAUGGAGAAUAUGACAGAAGUGACAUGGUUUGUCCUGCUGGGACUCAACAAUGAUCCACAACUGCAGCUUCCUCUCUUCACCACUUUCUUCCUCAUCUACACCAUCACCCUUGUGGGGAAUCUUGGGAUGAUCCUGCUGAUUCUCUUUGACUCUCGGCUUCACACACCCAUGUACAUUUUCCUAAGUAACCUGUCCUUUGUGGACUUUUGUUACUCUUCAACAGUCACUCCAAAGGUCAUGGCUGGAUUUCUUACAGGAGACAAGAUCAUGUCCUACAAUGCUUGUACCUCCCAGAUAUUCUUUUUUGCAACCUUUGCCAAUGUGGAAAGUUACCUUUUGGUCUCAAUGGCCUAUGAUCGGUAUGCAGCAGUGUGUAAGCCCCUACAUUAUACCACUACCAUGACAACAAGAAUGUGUGUGUCUCUAGUCAUUGGAUGUUAUAUCUGUGGCUUCCUGAAUGCUUCCAUCUAUACUGCAAAUGCAUUAAGUCUCUCCUUCUAUGAGUUAAAUGUGGUCCAUCAUUUUUUCUGCGACAUUCCAGCAGUCAUGAUUGUAUCUUAUUCUGAUAGACAAGUUAAUGACCUGGUUCUUAUUUCUGUAGCCAGCUUCAAUAUCUUUUUUGCUCUUAUACUCAUCUUAAUAUCCUAUACAUUCAUUUUUACUAACAUACUAAAGAUGCAGUCAACUGCAGGAUAUCGCAAAGCUCUCUCCACUUGUGCCUCACACUUCACAGCUGUCUCCAUUUUCUAUGGGACAUUAAUAUUCAUGUACUUGCAGCCCAGCUCCAGUCACUCCAUGGACAAUGACAAAAUUGCCUCAGUAUUCUACACCAUGGUCAUCCCCAUGUUGAACCCUUUGGUCUACAGUGUAAGGAACAAAGAGGUGAAGAAUGCAUUCACAAAGAUUGUAUUGAUGUCAAAAUAG